AUGCUUUGCACGGGAUGCAGCAGAUUCACAAGAGGUCUCCAGCCUAGAUUCUGGAAGCUCGGCGAGCCUGGUCCGUCCUGUCUCGUACGAUCUCAAUCGACGGUCCAGUCCAAUCGUCCCUUAAAGAUAGCCAUCAUCGGUGCUGGACCAUCUGGAUUUUAUACGGCCUCCAGGAUCUUGUCCUUGCUGCCCUCAGAAAGCGAUAAAGGCAAGAAUGUCCAGAUUCACGUGUACGAGCGACUGCCGACACCAUACGGCCUGGUCCGAUACGGUGUUGCGCCAGAUCACCCAGAGGUAAAGAAUUGCCAGCACAAAUUCGACGAGCUAGCGUCUGAUGCUCGAUUCAAAUACUUUGGCAACGUUUCCGUCGGAUCGCAAUCAUCUUCAUCGCCUACUGAGAUCUCCCCUCGAUCUACUCUUUCAUCUUACACUUACCCUCACGCCUUGCAUAUCUCCCUGUCAUCAUUACUGCCGUACUACUCUACCGUUAUAUUCACCUACGGCGCAUCCUUGUCCAAUCCGCUGAGCAAUGUCCCCGGCAGCUCUUCAUCCCUUACACCGUUGGAUGGAGUUUUCCCCGCUUUAGCCCUCGUGGGUUGGUACAAUGGGCAUCCGGCAUUCUCCCGCUUGUCAGAGACCGUUCGCUCCAUUGUCUCCUCAUCGGCUGCAGAAAACGUCGCGGUCAUUGGACAGGGCAAUGUCGCUCUGGAUGUGGCGAGAAUACUUUUGAAACCCUUGUCGGAGCUCGCCAAGACGGAUCUCCCGGAACCAGUUCUGGAGGUCCUCUCUGAGUCGAAGGUCAAGCGAGUCUCUGUCGUAGGUAGGCGAGGCCCUGGUCAGGUAGCAUUCACCACCAAGGAGUUCCGGGAAAUGCUCAAGUUGCCUGGUGUAAGAUACUCUGGACUGGGAAGCUUAGACCCUGAUCUGUUACUCAAAGCCCGAGAUGGGGUUGAGCACGAUCGACCGAGAAAGCGAUUGCUGGGACUCAUGGAGACGGGAAGCACGGGACAAGGCGAAAAGGAGUUCUCAUUGGAGUUUCUCAGAUCGCCGAAGGCAUUUCAAGCGAAUUCCACAGGCAGCGCAGCUGUUGCAUCUGUCGGAUGGAUGGUCAAUGAGCUUUUGGAUCCUCCAGAGGCAUCUCCCGCACCUCCCUCAAGUCAGACCAGUGUAGUUCCGCCGACGAGUCCGUCUCAACCCAUUGCUCGUCCAACCACGAGUACAGUCACGACGUCAGCCGGUCUGGUCAUUGAAAGUGUUGGCUAUCGGUCGGAGCCCCUGGGCGUCGGAGAGGAGCAUGUUCUACCGUUCGAUGUCGUCAAAGGUCGGGCGAGGAACGUCUCCGGCAGGCUAGUAAAUGACGAAGGUACUGUGAUACCUGGGCUAUAUGCCGCGGGCUGGGUCGCUCGAGGUCCAGUCGGGGUCAUUGCAUCGACUAUGAACGAUGCGUACCGUCUCUCUUCUUUGGUUCUAGACGAUCAUUUUGGACAUUCUUCAACUGUCCCUCCUAUGCCUGGCACGAUAGGAGCCAAUUCAUUGCCCGAGCACGGCGUACCGGAACCUGUCGAGCGAGGGCUCCGGGAUGGCUCGGUCAUCUCACUCGAUAGGUGGCACAAGAUCGACCAGGCAGAGGUGGAAAGAGGUAGACGUCUCGGUAAGGAGCGUGAAAAGUUCAUCAACGUCGAGGAUAUGUUGGCCGCUGCCCAGUGA